CCUCGCAGCGAGGCAGGCGCGGGGCGGCAGCGGGGCGCGAUGGAUCCCAACAGGAUCAUCCAGGCGCUCAAGGGCACCAUAGACCCCAAGCUGCGCAUCGCAGCCGAGAACGAGCUCAACCAGUCCUACAAGAUCAUCAAUUUUGCUCCAAGUCUACUGCAAAUCAUAGUAUCGGAUCAAGUUGAAUUUCCAGUACGUCAAGCAGCUGCCAUUUACCUAAAGAACAUGGUGACACAGUACUGGCCAGACCGUGAACCCCCUCCAGGAGAAGCCGUGUUUCCGUUCAACAUUCAUGAAAACGAUCGCCAACAGAUCCGUGAUAACAUUGUGGAAGGAAUAAUUCGUUCUCCUGACCUUGUGAGAGCCCAGCUGACCAUGUGCCUCCGAGCCAUCAUCAAGCAUGACUUUCCUGGCCACUGGACGGCUGUGGUGGACAAGAUAGGCUACUACCUGCAGUCUCAGAACAGUGCGAGCUGGCUGGGGAGCCUCCUGUGCCUCUAUCAGCUGGUGAAGACCUAUGAAUACAAGAAAGCGGAAGAACGAGAUCCUCUCAUAGCAGCAAUGCAGCUAUUUUUGCCUCGGAUUCAGCAGCAGAUGAUACAGCUUCUGCCUGAUAACUCCCAUUACUCUGUACUGCUUCAGAAACAAAUCUUAAAGAUCUUCUAUGCUCUUGUUCAGUAUGCAUUGCCACUCCAGUUGGUGAAUAACCAGACUAUGACUCAGUGGAUGGAGAUCUUCCGUACUAUCAUUGAUAGAAAUGUGCCUCCUGAGACUUUGCAAAUUGACGAAGAUGACAGGCCAGAGCUGGUAUGGUGGAAAUGCAAGAAGUGGGCAUUGCAUAUUGUAGCUCGUCUUUUUGAACGGUAUGGAAGUCCUGGAAAUGUAACUAAAGAAUAUUUUGAAUUCUCUGAGUUUUUCUUAAAAACAUAUGCUGUUGGAAUACAACAGGUUCUCUUAAAAAUCCUAGACCAAUACAGACAAAAAGACUAUGUUGCUCCACGUGUCCUUCAACAAACAUUGAAUUACCUGAAUCAAGGAGUCAUUCAUUCUGUAACAUGGAAGCAGAUGAAGCCACACAUACAGAGCAUAACGGAAGAUGUGAUAUUCUCCCUAAUGUGCUACAAAGAUGAGGAUGAAGAACUCUGGCAAGAGGAUCCGUAUGAAUAUAUCCGCAUGAAGUUUGAUGUGUUUGAAGAUUAUGCAUCCACUACAACAGCAGCACAGAACCUCCUUUAUACUGCAGCAAAGAAGAGAAAAGAGGUGUUACCAAAAAUGAUGGCGUAUUGCUACCAGAUUCUGACAGAGCCAAACAUCGAUCCAAGAAGAAAGGAUGGAGCUUUGCAUGUGAUAGGAUCCCUAGCUGAUAUUUUACUGAAGAAGAGUGUUUUCAAGGAUCAGAUGGAGCUGAUGCUACAGAAUCACGUAUUUCCAUUGUUCAUGUCUAACCUGGGGUACCUCAGAGCUAGAUCCUGCUGGGUUCUUCAUUCAUUCAGUGCUUUGAAAUUCCACAAUGAGCUAAACUUAAGGAAUGCAGUAGAGCUGGCAAAGAAGAGCCUGAUUGAAGAUAAGGAAAUGCCUGUCAAAGUAGAAGCUGCAAUAGCUCUUCAAACAUUAAUAAGCAACCAGGAGCAAGCCAAAGAGUAUGUGAAGCCCUAUGUGAGGCCAGUUAUGCAAGAGCUCUUGCACAUCGUUAGAGAAACGGAGAAUGAUGAUCUUACUAAUGUCAUCCAGAAGAUGAUCUGUGAGUACAGUCAAGAGGUAGCUACCAUCGCUGUUGACAUGACGCAACACCUGGCUGAAAUAUUUGGUAAAGUACUUCAGAGUGAGGAGUAUGAGGAAGUGGAGGACAAAACAGUUAUGGCCAUGGGCAUCUUGCACACAAUUGACACUAUCCUGACAGUCGUGGAAGACCACAAGGAGAUAACUCAACAGCUGGAGAGCAUUUGUUUACAGAUCAUUGGCCUUGUUUUGCAGAAACACGUUAUAGAGUUUUAUGAAGAAAUUCUCUCCUUGGCAUACAGCUUGACGUGCCAGAUGAUUUCACCCCAAAUGUGGCAGCUCCUAGGUGUUUUAUAUGAGGUUUUCCAGCAGGAUUGCUUUGAGUACUUUGCAGAUAUGAUGCCUCUCUUGCAUAAUUAUGUGACCGUUGACACUGAUACUCUUCUGUCUAACCCAAAGAAUUUAGAAAUCAUUUACACCAUGUGUAAGAAGGUACUGACAGGAGAUGCAGGAGAGGAUGCAGAGUGCCAUGCUGCCAAGCUCCUGGAGGUGAUUGUUCUUCAGUGCAAAGGACGGGGUAUUGACCAGUGUAUUCCACUCUUCGUGGAGGCCGUUCUGGAACGGUUAACCAGGGGAGUUAAGACAAGCGAGCUUCGUACCAUGUGUCUUCAGGUUGCCAUAGCUGCACUUUACUACAAUCCUGACCUGCUUCUGCACACCUUGGAGAACAUCAGAUUCCCACACAACCCCGAGCCCAUCACUGCACAGUUCAUAAACCAGUGGAUGAAUGACACAGACUGUUUUCUUGGGCUCCAUGACAGAAAGAUGUGUAUCAUAGGACUGAGCAUCCUAAUGGAAUUGCAGAACCGACCACCUGCAGUAGAUGCUGUGGCCGCACAGAUUGUCCCUUCCAUCCUCCUCCUCUUCCUGGGCUUGAAACAAGUCUGCGCCUCACGAGAACUCACGGAACACGAGGAUCAUGCUAAAGAUGAAAAACACGUCGCAGAAGAUAAUGAAGAAAUACCCAGUGAUGAGGAGGAUACAAAUGAAGUGAGCCAGGCCAUGCAAGAGAACCAUGGUGGAGGCAGCGGUGACGGUGGUGGUGGAGAGGAAGAGGACGACGAUGAUGACGACGACGACUGGGAUGAAGAUGCAUUGGAAGAGACUGCUCUUGAGGGGUUCAGCACACCUCUUGAUCUUGAAAAUGGUGUCGAUGAAUACCAAUUUUUUGCACAAGCACUUUUAGCGGUGCAGAGGCGAGACGCCGCCUGGUACCAUUCGCUGACAGCCCCGCUCAGCGAGGAUCAGAAGAAGCAGCUGCAGGAGAUCUACACAUCAGCCGAGCACCGGCGAAGCGCUGCAGAGACUAAGACAAGAGAACAACAAAGCGGCUACACGUUUGACAACAAAGGACUGAUCACAGCAUUUAACUUUGGAAAUAAUCCCGGUGGCAACUGAAGGAGCAGCUGCAAAGGUCAAUGCGAAGGGUUUCAUCGUUAUGUUUUAUUAAAAUCACCAUGGCUUCUGAGUGAUAGGGAAGGGUAAUGUAAUCUGCUGAAGGUUUCAGUGGGCUUCCCCCACCAGAAUGCGCUUUCUAGCCAGCUACUGUAAUGUACAAAUCCUUGUGGUGUUUUUAUGAUUUGAUGGACUGAAGAGGAAACGUUUGUCCUCAAGGAACCUGAAGGACUGGGAGGGGGCCAGAUUGCACCGAAUUGAGUUGCACUUCUCAGGUUUUUGCUGUGCAGAAUUGGUAGAUUCCUAUGGAUAACAGUGCCUUCUGUUGUAUGUGGAUUGCCUGAACAAAUGAAUUUUGGAGUGCAUUAUAAUUUUUUAAAUGUAAGGGUAUUUCUAGAUACACUGUAAGCCUUGGGUCCAUGUUUUCCUGUUAUCUGCCUUGUACUACAUAAUUUAAUUGUUUCUUGGUCGCACACACAUUGCUGGGUUCAGAGUGCUSUCUCACCUUCCCUGUUCGGAGCACACCGGACGUGUAGAGGGAAGCGCCUGUGUAGCUGUAAAGCAUACCCGGGCAGUGUGAAAGUGUCUGAACAAAAUGCAGAUUUCCCCUUGAUAUGAUGGUUUUAAUUUAUUUCUCCUAGCCAUGGAAUGAACUCACUCGAGUUAUAAUGGCACACGUGGCCUGGCAGGUUGGUAGCCUAAGUCUACGCUGAUGUUUCCUCCUGCCUGCAGAAGCGCUGUGGCCCUUGCAUGUAGAUGUCCUACAUGAUGAUGUUUUAUCUCCACUUUUUUUUACUGAAUAUUGGAUUUUAUUUGGGCUCCUGUAAACCUUUUUGGUUUUAUUUGUUCAUUACCAUUCCAGUGGUAGUGCGAACAAAGUAGUACAGCAUAUUUGCCAUAUUUUAUUUAUCUCAGUAGAAGCAAAAACAGCUCCAGAGUUUUUUCUCUUCUUACUCUUAUACUUCUGUGAUUGAAUUUCUGCUCUGCAUUCCAUUUGGCUCUUUGUCCCACRCUGUAAUUUAAUUAUCUGGCAGAUUUUUUUUUUUCUAAAUCUCAAAGGCUAGUUUCUCAUGAAUUCAAAUUCAUGUUACUGGACCUUUGUGAAUAUGUUCACGUAGUGAGAAACGUACCACGUGAAAAAUUUAAUUUGGAUAGGUGCCCCUCUGCUAGAUCUGCUGGGAUCCCAGGGAUGUAGACUAAGUAAAUAGGGGUGCAUCAGAAAGUGCCAGCACCUCGAAGCUUGGGUUGUAGACUUUUUAAUCCAAGAUUUUGUGUCUAUAUGUUAAUUUCUCUGUGAUUUAAAUACUUUUACCAAGCAGUGUUAACCACAUGUGGAUAAGUGUUUCUUUGGAGCAGUGCCUCAACUGAAAAGUCCAAGCCCUGCCUUUUCCUCCAUUAAAUUUUCAACUAUGGCAAGGAAUAGCAGAUCGCUGGGCCAGCUCUGUGCUGAAGCUCUCGUUUUCAGUCUACAUGUUGGAGUACUAGUGUUUCAGUCUGAGCAAUCUGAAGCCCUCUAGAGAAAUCUGAAGCCCUCUAGUCCCCGACUUCAGGGCAGGGCCACAGUGUCUCUCUCCUUGCCCCACACCCUGGGACCYCCUCAAGCUCCCGCUUACGGAGCGGGAGGUUCCUGCUGCUUGCAGCCACCUGGAGUCUUCGGGGCAGACUCCCAGUGCUCUUCUCUGCUGCUCCUUUUGUUUUAGAUUCCUUUUCUACAAUAGCUGCAGAGAAAAUGGGCCUGGUUCGUGUAGCUUUCUCCUUCGUAGUAUUUAUUCAGUAUUCAUUCACAUUCAUUGCUAUUCCAUAGCAACAGUGACAGCUUCCUCRGGCUGUUGUAUGUACAGAAGUCAGCGAGGAGGCCGGGGCUGUGUUUGCAAAGCUGGACAGCACCCUGAGCCCCGUGGGGCUGGCAGAGCUUGAGCUCAGGCAGCAGAGAGCAGGGCCACACACCUCUGCUGGGAAAGCCAGGCCGUGAGAAGCACUGGGCCCUUGUGCUGAUUUAGCGUUGCCCGGAAUGGUCGGCAGGCAUUACAGCAAGUUUGUGGUGAAUUUCUCAGAACUUCGUGAAAUUUAUGGAAAUCAACAUUUGUGAAAUCAUUCACGGUGCUUUUUUUGGAGUGAAAGAUGGCUGAGAACUCGCUUACCUGKCAAUAUAUUUUAAGAAUUAGGCGGGUGAAAUGUUUAAGACCUUUAUUAUUUAUAAAAAUGAGACUGUCAAGUGAGAUUUCUUUCAAAGCCCCUUUUCCCUCUCUGCCCUACUCUAACAUGCAGAGUAGAAAAGAGAUUUAUUUUUCUCCAGCUAAUGAGGUCGCCUGCAAAGUCACCAACUGAUAUUUAGGAGUUAAUGUGUUCAAGGAAAAAUCUGCUUUUGCRCAGCAACAUCUCUGUGUCACUCAGCUGAACUAUGGCCGCUCUCUGUCUCUGCUUCUUGUGUACUUCUCCAGUCAGCUGCCAAGAAAAUUUCAUCCAGAUGUUUCUUACAAGAAGUUUAAUCAUCAGCGUGGAGUCGGGAAUCUUUGUUGUCUUACWUUGCAGUCGAGGUCAGCGAUGUCUGAGGGGAUGGCAUGUAAAAGGGUUAAAUGCCCUUCCCUUCCCAAGAGAUUCAUGACCACCAAAUGUUUCUACUGGCAAAAACAAACAUUAAUAAUUUUCUGCCUUUUUUUCAAAGGAAUUUCAUCCGAGAAGAUUUAUUGGGCUCUAGCCUCCCCUUUAACAUAYGGUUCUCUUUUAACAUGAUAAAUAUCCGUUUGUACAUGAUCAUAAAUAGGUAAUGGAUUUUAAGGAUUUCUUCCUGAGUUGUGUCCAGCUUUGUACUACAUUAAAGGGAGAGUAACACGAAUGUGCAUUACUGUCUCACUUUGAAGCCAAGGUAAUCGUUGAAUUGAAGAUACCAGCAAGGGCUAAAGAAGYGUGGUCCAGGUGCCGUUGGAAAUAGAGACUCCUGAAUGUAUUGUAAAAUAAAACAAAGGCUGAUGACCAGUGAGCUAUGUUGUCCCAUGCCCAUGAUCCCAGGGGGUGAAGAUCAUCUAUAUGGGUGCCGUGGGAACUCUUACAUAUGAAAGAAGCAUUGUAUAGGUUGUAAUCGUAGCAAAUGGUGACUUAUAUGAUAAGUUUCUUUUUCAGAUAAAAUUAACUGCUGCUGGGUGUUGAAUUUCAAAUGCUGUUUUGUCACUCUUUAAAGGAAAAUAAGAAUCUCCACAUGUUUGGGCUGCUUCUUUUUGCUCUUUUUUCUUUCAAAGUUGAAGUAUGCGCUUCGCUUAUAUAACAAAGCGAAAUGGGCAGCUCCCCCGGGAAGAGGAGAAAAUAUCAAGCUAAGGAAAAAGUAUAAAACAAAACAAAGACACAAGACCCGCAGUCAUGCAGAGUCUCGCUGAAAUGGAUGUGCUUGGGGAGACUGAGGCACGCAGUGACGUGGUGAUGCGCUUUGCUCCACGGGGAACGGUGCCUGUGGGCUGUUGGCGAGGUGUGGAAUGAGCUGCUGUAGGAUGUGCCGUUUGCCCGUGAAGAACAGGCAGCCUGAACCUCUGGAUUCCACCGUGUAUUGUGGAAGAGAGAAGAGUGCAGAUUCAUCCCUCAAAAAGGUCUGGGAAGCUCUUGUCCGAGAAGAUGGCAGGUGUGCAGUUACCUGGGGGAGAGCGCGGCGUUACAGCCUUCCUCAAAGACUGCCAGUGUACCCCCAAAAAGCUACCUGAAGUGCUCCGUGCCAMGGGAGCCAAGUGACCAGCUACUCCCUGACUAAUGGGUUUUGGACAACAGCGAUGCAGAGGGAACCUCCAAGCACUUGUAUUGGGGAUGAGGUAGGAAUUGGGCAAGUAUCCAAGAAUUUUGUUCUGUGCCUUUCUCCAGGAAGAGCGUGUGCUUGGCUUCUUGGGCAGCCCUGAGCUGGGGACGACGCUUUGAACUUGCUGAGGAUCAGAAGGUGAUUUUGGUUARAAGAUGAUAGUAUCGUGCACGGGGGAACCAAAGUGAAAGCCGCACACCGGUGCCGAGAGGCUGCACGGAAGGUCCCAGCUUUCAGUGCUUGGCUGGAUGCACAGUGUGGAAGGAGAUAAACUUCCAGGGGCAUCUGUAUCUCCAAAGUGAAAUCCCACAGUGGCAGCUCYGCUGAGGCAAACGGCGAGGACUGCUCGGGGGCUACCCCAUGGACCAUUCUCGAUCACGCAACAUGCAGCGAAACACAAAAUCUAAACAAUGAUUUAAUAGGUGAAGUUGUUGACCGUUUCCUUUAAAUGUGUUUUUAAUAUUGUGUCCGGUUGUGUUUGGAUUUUCAUGUUUCUUGCCCUCAAAAUGCUAGAUGACCACAUGAUGUGUAAGUCUACCAAUUUUUCACGAACUUCACCAUUUCAGAGGUUUUUCCAGAACUGUCCCUUAUUUUGAGAUUUUCAGUGUGCUUGUGUUAGUAGAAUUUCACUUAUUUUUCUCUCACUGCUUUCCACACAUGGAGAUCUUGGACAUGGACCUAACAAGAGGAAGAACAA